GUCAAGAGCGACGACUGCCACGGCGCAGAAGCGUCGGAUCCGGCGCUAACACCCAUCACCAAUGCGGCCGCCGCGCACGCUUCCGCUGCCGCACUUCACUCUCCCGCCGCUUGCCGGCGAGGACCUCGCCUUCGUCACCGCCCUCCGCUCCCACCUCUCCUCCUCCCCGGAGCUCGCGCCCUCCUCCCUCUCCCGCUUCCUACCCCAACUCAACCACCUCCGCCUCUCACACCUCCUCCUUUCCCCGCCCCGGGUGCCCCACGACGUCCUCUCCUCCCUCCUCCCCUCGCCGCCGCCCCCGCUCCCCUUCGCCCUCCUCCUCCACGCCCUCACCCCGCGCCGCUCCUCCGAGCUCCUCGCCUCACUGCUCCCCUCCAUCUCGCACCACGCCUUCCCGGAGCUCCUCCACCACCUCAUCUUGACCGCUCGCCUCGCCGCCGGGAGCCGCGGCACCGGCGCCGCAGUGCCGGCCGUCGAAGUUCUCUUCUCUGCUUGCGCGCGCCGAAACAAGCUCUCUCAGGCCACGCUCACCUUCCGCGCCAUGCGUGCGCAUGGCCUGCUCCCGCGGGUCGAGUCCUGCAACGUCUUCAUCUCCGCGGCGCUCCGCCUGAAGCGCCCCGAGAUCGCCGUGUCCUUCUUCCGGGAGAUGCGCCGGUGCUGUAUCUCGCCCAACAUGUACACGGCCAACAUGGUGUUGCGGGCCUUCUGUGCCUUGGGGCGGGUCGCCGACGCGGCCACGGUGCUCGAUGAAAUGCCGGAUUGGGGGCUUGAUAGGACGGUGGUCAGCUUCAACACGCUGAUCGCAGCUUAUUGUAAGGAGCAUGGUGGUCUGGAACAUGCGCUGGAGCUGAAGAAGAGGAUGGAGCUGGAGGGGCUAGCGCCCAGUGAGGUGACCUAUAACACGAUCCUCCAUGUGCUGUGCAAGGAGGGAAGGAUGCAGCAAGCGAAUCGUUUGUUGAGCGAAAUGAAGGUGAAGAGGGUUGUGCCGAACACAGUGACAUACAAUACUCUGAUUUAUGGGUAUGUCAUGCAUGGUGAUAAUGGCACAGCGUGGAGGGUUCAUGAAGGGAUGGUUAAGAAUGGAGUCGAGCUUGAUAUCAUAACUUACAAUGCGCUCAUUCUUGGUCUUUGCCGGGAUGGGAAGAUAAAAAAGGCCGUGCAUUUGUUUCAGCAGCUUGACAGGUCCAAGCUUGAACCGAAUGCUUCAACUUUCUCAGCGUUGAUUCUUGGGCACUGUAAGGCGCAGAAUUCAGAGCGAGCACUGCAACUGUUGAAUGUGAUGAAAAAAUCUGGCUUCCAUCCGAAUUACGACACAUAUAAGAUUGUUAUAUCUACUUUCUACAAGAAUAAGGAUUUUGAAGGAGCAGUGGAUGUGAUGAAGGAGCUUCUCGAGGUGUGCAUGGCUCCUGACAAGGCCUUAUUGCAUGAAUUCUUUGAAGCCCUCUCAAAGGCUAAAAAACUCCACCUAGCAGAAGGUCUGCAGUUAGCUGAUAAAGGUGGAAAGUUUAUUCCAUCUAUCUACUAUACUGGUGAUUACAGGAACAACGGCGAAGAGAAAACUGCAUGUUAACAUGCAGAAACCUCAAUGAGGCCUCAUUAGAAUGUACGAUUGGUUUGUUUGGAGAACAAUAGAACUUAAAUCCUUCUGCUUGUACAAAUGUGGAAUUUGUGUUGACACAUGCCUAUGAGCGGUUCUGUUUGGGUUAAAUGAAGACAACCUGACAAUUAUUCUUGCCUGUAGGUAGCUGAAUUGCUUAAUCCUGAGAGAAGAUGACUGUAGCAAAUGGAGUACUACAUACUGCAUACUACAUGUCUACACAAAGAUGUCAGCCAAGAAUUCUUCAUAAUCAGAUGCUUAUGGAGUUACAGGCUUGCACUUUUCUUGGAACAACUUGUGUUAUUCCAUUGACAGAGUAUCCGAUGAAACUCCACUAGUGGAAAUUUGAAUUGAUUUGUGCUGGUUCUAGCACCAGCACCAUAUCAGAUAGUGCUCACUUCAAACAUCUUCUUGAAACCAUCUAAAAGGCCAUCUGUUCGGCUGUUCAAAUUCAAAUUCAGUUUGUAUUGGAGGAAAAUUUCUGCAGGCAAAGCAGUUGGCACUGACUUCCCCAUUUUCUUCAGUUUUUGAACAUGGCUUAUAAGACGUUGUGGUUCUCCUCUUUUAUACGCCUCUCCACACAAUUUUGUUUGAAUAUGUAUUUUGUAAGAGACGUUUGAUAAACUAACAAUUACCACAAAAAAGAAAACCAUUGUGCAUGAAGAUGACAGAUACAAUAUCUCUAUCAACUAUUCAACUGUGAAUUUUCAUGAUGCACAACACACUCAAUAUAGUAAUAUCUCCAUGACAAAGAUUAGUUACUUACGUAGCUAUAUUUGACUCCUGGUUUGUCUAUUAAAGGAAAAUGUUAGUAGUUUUCAGCAUUUCCAUUAUGGCAGUCAUCCUGUUUUAUGGUGAUCAGCAUAGUACUACCUUAUUUGCCUUCACAUGCAUAAUUCUACAUUCUGUUGUUUCAGCUUGAGUAUAUUGGAAGCAAGCACAGGCACUAAAUUCUUAAAAUGCACACGUAGGUCCAUAUACCCUUCCCAUUCUGGCAUUAUUCUCCAUCUUCAAGAUACUGUAAAUAUGAAUUUACUGCUUUUACACAAGAUUCCUGUUCCCAUCGUCUGAGUAUGUCAUUGCCAGGAUUCAGUCUUUUGCCUGACAGAUUGUAAGACUGAAAUUUAGCCUCAAGUUUCUUCUUAUGCCGUACUGAAAAGGACUGGCCUAAACACAUGGAUGCACUAUCUGUAUUUAAAAUAUUACUAGGCGUUACCUUUUUCUCCAAUCAAGCUAGUUGGUAGAUACUCUUUCUAACUAACGCUGAAAUUUUUUGACAACAAUUUUCUCAAUGAAAAAUGAAGUAUCAGGGCACAGAAGUCCAUAGGCAACAACACUAUCGCUGUUUCAGCUAAAGUCAAUGUGAGCAUGGCUAAUCCAACUGCAGUCACGAAGCUACAGAUUAGAUGCCCAAUGGUGUUGCGUCCGUCAGUGGCAUGCCAAUCUUUCUCCGUUCUGGUACAGCAGGAUACUUGAUAAUGACUGAAUGAGAAGAGCACAUGCGAGGAGAAGAUACGGGACGAGAAGGCAUGUUGUUACUGCUUGGAUCGCGAGGAUUGUUGCUCACGGUGGUCGUCAGUUCGUCAGAUGUGUGCUGCCGUCCAGGAUCAGCAAGAGAAAUUGCCUCUUCUUUCAGGUCGUCUAUAGAUACACACACAUACCCUGUUUGCUUGCGAUCUGGUGCGAUGAGAGGCUUUCAGAAACAGUAUUGCUACAUCUAGUCUUUUUUUUUUUUUUGCGAAUUUGCUACAUCUAGUCUCGGUUGCU